AUGCCAGGAGACAAAACAAAGUUAUCGGUUCCGUCUGUAAAUAAAACGCGAUCGCUAUCCGCAUCUCCUCGCGCGCGCACCUCAAGCGCAGUAGUUCCAACAUCAAUAACCAAGGCAAAGAGCGAAACUUCAUUAGACACCCAAGAGGGCGACAAGAAGUUGUCUGUUCCUACGAGCAAUCAGAAACGAUUGUCGCUCACGCCUAAGGUUACGUCACAGAUCCAGACCAAGUCCGUAAAGUCGCUGGCAACUCGUUCUCAGGCAAAAAUGAGCAACGACAUUGCAAUUGCAGCCCUCGCGCGGUUCAUAACGGUGUCCGACCGCAUGAGCAAUUUCAGAGCGACCAUAGAAACUCCAAGGCAGUCAGCUCCGUCCGUCCACACCUGCAAAGUCCGUAAGGAACAAGUCCGCUCACUCUGGGAAAAGGCCGAAAAAGAAUUCGAAGCGUGUCUAGACACGAUUUCCAGCAUUACUACUGAAGGAGCGGAGGAGAUUCUGGCGACUCUGCAUCGAAAAUAUGAAUAUUGCUAUUCGGUGUACGAGGAGCUAUCAGUUCAUCUCAGCGAGCUGAUGGACCAAGCCACUCCGCAGCAGUCGACAGCGAGCACCACUAAUCAGUCCGCUUACAUUUCGUCUGGGUGCCGGUUACCACCAUGCGAUACCGAAGUUUUUGAGGGAGACUAUUUAAAAUGGCCAACGUUCAGAGAUCUCUUCACGGCAGUUUACGUGAAUAAUCCUAGGCUCACACCAGUUGAGAAAUUAUUUCAUCUUAACUCCAAGACCAGUGGUGAAGCGAAAGCGCUUGUUUCAAAAUCCCCGCUUACCAAUGACGGCUUCGCGUCCGCCUGGGAAUCGCUCCGAGAGCGGUUUGAAAACAAAAGGCUUUUGGUCAACAGCCAACUCAAACUUCUCUUUAACUUGAGUUCGGUUGGCCAAGAAUCUGGUCGAGCGCUGAAGGAGCUGCAGAGCACAAUACAAGGGGGUUUAGUAGCGCUAGCGCACUCCAAUAUUUCCACGGAGAACUGGGAUUGCCUGUUGGUGUUCCUGUGCGCCAGUAAACUGCCGAAGUUGACCCUUUCCUUAUGGGAACAGUCUCUAUCAUCCAAGUCCGAUAUUCCGACAUGGGAAGAAAUGAACACAUUUCUCAGUGAAAGAUAUCGGACUCUAGAAGCCAUCGAGGACAUGAAACCGACUAUUAGCGGUAUAGCCUCGAAAAAUCCUGUAGCUCCCAAAAAACUCAAUUCCUUCGAAGCAAAAGUGAGCACAAAACCGAGGACUUGUGAUUUGUGUUCAAAAGAGAAUCACCCGGUCCGGAUGUGCUCACGCUUCUUGCAAAUGUCCGUGGAUGCGCGCAGCAGCUAUAUUAAAAGGAAGCAGCUGUGCCUCAAUUGUUUCGCGCGCGGCCAUCAGCUUCGCGACUGCACGAGCACACACAGCUGUGCUACGUGCCACGCGCGACACCACACGCUGCUGCAUCGGGGCGCUCCUAGCCCUGGGCCACAUUCCACAGUUAACGUUUCGGCCAACACACAACCUCCUGCAGCACCUGCGACGACCAGCUCAUCCGGACAGCCGCCAGCAGUGCAAAACUAUUUUGCAGCUGGAUCCACGGCGGUGCUACUAGGCACGGCAAUGCUGGAUAUUUGCCAUCUCGGGACAAAAUAUAGGGCUCGCGCCCUAAUUGAUUCGGGCUCCGAGGUGACUUUUAUUUCCGAACGCCUAUUCAGGCUCAUCAAGCUUCCAUUCCGUCUCAUUAACGCCAAGGUCUCCGGUUUGAAUCAGACCGUUUCCGCACAGUCGACCAGGCUGUGUCAUUUCGCGAUUAGUUCGCCCUCCAAACCCGGCCUGCAGCUAAAUACAGAAGCUUACGUGCUGCCAGAAUUGGCAGGCAAUCUACCAUCUUAUCCGAUUCCGAAAGAAGCGCUGACGGGUUUGCCUAUCCUUCCCCUGGCAGAUCCCACAUUUCUUGAGAGCUCCCAGAUAGAUGUUCUGAUCAGAGCCGACAUUUUACCAUCCGUUCUGCUGAGCGGCAUGCGCACAAACAUUUGUGGCUCUCUCCUAGGUCAAGAAACUAUUUUUGGCUGGGUGCUUACCGGCCCAGUUUCAAGUACAUCUAGUCAGAAUCGGGUAUCCGCUUUCACGACCCAGAUAACCGAAACGAGUGACAGAGUCUUGGAAAAACUUCUCACUAAGUUUUGGGAGGUGGAGAACAUACCCACUAAAAGGGUAAAGGACUCCGAUUCCUAUUGCGAAAACAAUUUUCUCCAAACGACCACUAGAGACGGAAGCGGGAGAUACGUAGUAUCUUUACCAUUUCGCGAGCCUGAAAAUCUCGGGUCCCAAUUGGGGCACUCGCGAUCCAGUGCCCUAGCUCAGUUUCUUAGAAACGAAAACCGUUUGAAGAGAGACUUUCCAUUAAAAGAGCAGUAUGACUCAGUCAUUCAAGAGUAUUUGGAUCUGGGUCACAUGAGAGAAAUUCCCCUGUCGUACGAUUCUCCAAACUAUUACCUGCCACACCACGCGGUGAUCAAACCCGAGAGCACUACCACCAAACUUCGCGUGGUAUUCAAUGCUUCUAGCCCUUCAUCCAAUGGGACAAGCUUGAACGACAUUCUUCAUGCUGGUCCAGUCCUGCAAUCUGAUUUAACCAUUCAGAUAUUGAAGUGGCGUUAUUUCCAGUACGUGUUCAGCGCAGAUAUCACCAAGAUGUACCGUCAAAUCUGGGUCGACCCCAAACAUACGCCGUUCCAGAGAAUCUUAUUCCGGAAUAAAGAAGGAGAAGUAAGCGAUUUCGAGUUAAAAACAGUCACCUUUGGUGUUAACUGUGCACCAUUUCUGGCACUCCGCGUACUCCAACAAUUGGCAGACGACGUAGAAAAGGACCUCCCUACAGCAAGCAAUAUUAUUCGUCACUUUAUGUACGUAGACGACGUUCUGGCAGGGACCACUUCCAUACAAGAGGCUCGACUGGCAAUCAGCGAACAUCGCCACGCUUUCAGCAGCGCCAGGUUCCCAUUGAGAAAGUGGACGGCCAACCAGAAGAGCAUACUCGAAGACAUCCCAAACGAGCAUCUACUCCACGAGGACUUUCGCGAUCUUCAUUCCGAAAGCUUUGCCAAAACACUGGGCGUUCGGUGGAAUGCGACCUCGGACGAGUUCUGUUUUGUUCCACCGCCAGUGUCGAUUAAAUCCACUCAUACGAAGAGAGAGGUUCUUUCCCAAAUUGCGAAGCUUUUUGACCCAGCCGGAUGGCUGUCUCCGUUUAUUGUCCGCUCAAAAAUCUUUAUGCAAGAAAUUUGGUUGCAGGAGUUGGGCUGGGAUGAAAACAUCCCCACAGAAAUGGAUCAAAGAUGGCAAGAUUUUUUGCGCAGCUAUUCCGAGCUUGAGCAGAUCCGCAUUCCAAGGUGGGUUGGUUUCCAGCCAGGAGUGAAGGUUGAGCAUCACGGGUUUUGUGAUGCGUCUCAGAAGGCUUAUGGGGCCGCUAUAUACUUGCGGGUGGAAGUAGGCCACAACAUUAUGACACGUCUGCUUACCGCCAAAACCCGAGUCGCCCCUGUUAAAACGGUGUCCCUUCCACGGCUCGAGCUGUGUGGGGCAUUGCUGUUGUCAGAGAUGAUUGCAGCUAUCCUUCCGAAUAUGCCAAUUUCCAAUUCCGACAUUUUCUGCUGGACCGAUUCCACCAUCGUCCUCGCAUGGUUGAGCAAGCCGGCAUGCCACUGGACCACGUUUGUCGCCAACCGAGUGACAAAAAUUACUCAGGUGACGAGCGCUGAGCAUUGGGCGCAUGUGCGAUCUGAGCACAAUUCCGCGGACCUGGCCAGUCGAGGCGUUUCGCUACGGGAGCUGGUUCAUAGCCAACUCUGGUGGGAAGGACCGGACUGGUUGCAACAGCCGAAGGACAUGUGGCCAACACGGGAGCUAGGACCUCCAGUCACAGACAUAGAGCAGCGUGCUGUGAAGGUCAAUUUCGCCAAGGCCGAAGAUUUUUUGGAACGUUUCUCCGCGUUGGACAAGGCUCUGCGGGUCCUUGCGUACGUAAUACGGUUCACUCAACGCUGCCGCAAGAUGCCGAGGGACGCUGCUGAGCGACCCACCAAGGAAGAGGUCCAAGAAGCUGAAAGAGUCCUUAUUCGAAAUGCUCAGCGGGGAGAAUAUACCCAAAGUCCUAAACGAUAA